AUGUAUGAAGGUGCGGGUACAGAGACACCUGUCAUCACGCCCACCCUGUCCGCCAUUAUGAAUGCUGUCAGCCGAAGCAGAGGAAGGAGGGGAGGCAAUAGGCGCAAGAAACGCUCCAUUUCGAGCGAGAAGAACGUGGAAACGCUUGUAGUUGUCGAUCCUGACAUGAUGCGCUACUACCAGAACGAGGACAUCGAGAACUGUCUGACUGUCAUGAACAUGGUUGCCACGCUUUUUCAUGAUGCGUCCAUUGGAAAUGCAGUCAACAUCGUUAUCGUUAGACUGCUGCUGCUGAAAGAUCUCGAUGAGGAUCUGGAGAUCACACAUCACGCUGACAACACCCUCCACAGCUUCUGUAAGUGGCAGAAGUCCGUCAACUUCCGCGACGACGAUCACCCCAACCACCAUGACGUCGCUCUCCUCCUCACCAGGCGCAACAUCUGCAACCGUAUGAAUCAGCCAUGCGGCACACUGGGUCUCGCACAGGUGUCUGGGAUGUGCCAGCCGCAUCGCUCGUGUAGCAUCAACGAGGACACAGGGCUGUCGCUAGCCUGGACGGUCACGCACGAGCUUGGACACAAUUUUGACAUGAAGCACGACAACAACUACAGCUGUAAGAGUGCCCCGAACGACACCUACGUGAUGGCCGCCCAGCUGUCUUGGGACAAGAGCCCCAACUGGUCAGACUGCAGCAGAGCCUCCAUCACAAAAUUCCUGGAUCGUGACUGGGGGUUCUGUCUGGACGACGAACCGGGUCACCACGACUUCAAGUACCCUGUCCUGCCUGCAGGCACCAUGUAUGAUGCCGACCACCAGUGUCGGAUCCUGUACGGACAAGAUGCCGCCCUGUGCAACGGAAUAGAGGUGUUGGAGAAUAUCUGCUCGACACUCUGGUGUCGGGUGAACAACAAGUGUUCGACUAAGCUGCAGCCAGCCGCGGAGGGAACCAUUUGCGGCACCAACAGGUGGUGCUUCGCCGGAAAUUGCGUUGAGAUCGGUGACCGGCCUCAUGCCAUCAACGGUGAGUGGGGGGAGUGGGCGGAGUGGACCUCCUGCUCACGGACCUGUGGUGCCGGCGUCUCCCAUUCGGAACGGCACUGCAACCACCCACCACCAUCUAACGGAGGAAAAUAUUGCAUUGGAGAGCGAAAGCGGUACAGAAUAUGUAACACAGACGAAUGCCCGGAUGAUGGCCUUAGCUUUCGUCAUGCCCAGUGCUUGGAGUUCAACGAAAUUCCUUACAAGGGCAACAAGUACGAUUGGAUUCCUGUGCACACCCCUGAUACGCCGUGCCAGCUGCACUGCAAGCCAAAGGACAUGUUCUUCUCGGUGCUCAUGAAGGACAUCGCAACGGACGGCACCUCGUGUGUCUCUGGCUCCCGACACAUGUGCAUCAGCGGCCGCUGUAGGCACGUGGGGUGUGACUGGGAGAUCGACUCGAGUGCCACAGAAGAUCGGUGCGGCGUGUGUUACGGCGACGGGUCCACGUGCACGACAGUCAAGAAACAGUUCAACGAGACAAAGGCACAAGGUCAGUGGCUAUGUCAGGCGACUGUCAUCCCGAAGGACGCCCGUAACAUUCGCGUUGAGGAGAUCGCAGAUGCCAGCAACUUCUUGGCUCUCCGCAAUGAGAAGGGCGAGUACUACCUCAACGGCCACUGGUUCAUCCAGUGGAGCGGCGACUACGAGAUCGCUGGCACUGUGGUCAGGUACCAUCGACAGGGCAACAAGGAAAGCUUUCAGGCUCAAGGACCUCUAAAGGAGCCCCUGCACAUAAUGUUGCUGAUGCAGGCGCACAAUCCGGGUGUGGAGUACGAGUACACUGUACCCAAGCAAAACGCCACAGAUUCUCGUCAGCCGGAGUUCCGCUGGGAGUACACCGACUGGUCGCACUGCACUCUUCCUGUGGCGGAGUCUCAUCGGUACCAGCUGUCCGAGGUGAUUUGUGUCGAGAAAGAGGCUGGCCAGGUGGAUGAAAAGUACUGCGACUCCUCCACUAAGCCGGAUGACAAACAGCGAAGCUGCAACGAGCACAUUUGUCCUGCCAGGUGGUGGACGGGGCCCUGGCAGCACUGCUCGGUUACGUGCGGGGAGGACGGGACCCACAAGAGGACAGUCAUCUGCGUGCGCAGCCUGGGGCAGGACGAGCAGAUCGCACUGGAGGACUCGGCCUGCCAAGGGAUGAAGCGCCCCAUGGGCGUGGAGCCAUGUCGGAGCAAAGACCCAUGUCCUGGCUCUGUACCCGAGUGGGUUGUGGGCAACUGGUCCUCGUGCAACGGCAAUCCGUGCGCCAAGCAGACGAGGGCUGUUCUGUGUAGUGACGUCACGCUAGGGUGCAGUCCCUUUACCCGCCCUGCGUCCUCCCAGCCGUGCAGUAACGUUACCUGUGGGACAUGGCGGACAGAGGAAUGGUCUGGGUGCACGCGAACUUGCAAUGGUGGGGUGCAGUACAGAAAGUAUCUUGCACUGCAGAAGUUUGCGAUCUCAAACUAAAACCACCCGACCAGCAACCGUGCGGGGUCGCUGCCUGUCCCGAAGGAAUCGCAGGUAACACUUCCG